AUGGAUGAGUCAGAAGUCGACCGCGAUAUCGUGAUCCAGCGAUAUUCGGCUGAUUUACUCGCUGAUCUCGACGAGUCAUUGGGGCCCUUUUUGAGAAAGCCCAACGGAGACCUACGCACGCGAGUUCGGGAGAGGGAAACAUCACGCCUCAUAUCUCAGGUCCUGGAGCCAUUCCAAGAGCUCCCUCAACUAUUGGAUCCCUAUCUGCCGAAAUAUGUCCCUCUUUUGGCUGAGGCGUAUCUUGAGCACGUCCAGGUUCGGCGCAGACGAACGAAACCCCUGUCCCUAAGAUCUCAGCUGUUGGUCCCGCUGUCAAAUGCCAUAUGCAAAAUCAUAUACUCUUUCUGCAAGAUCAGAGGCGAAAAGGUUAUAGUCCGCUUCCUCAAUGUCGAGACCAGGUAUCUCGAGCUCCUGUUACUUGCUAUUGAAGAGUCCGAGCGCCAGUCAGACGCAUCUGGCAACCAAGACGCCGUCGGCUUGUGGACUUGGCACGAGAGAUAUGUGGUGCUGCUGUGGCUCUCCCAGCUGUUCUUUGCCCCAUUUGACCUUUCAACAAUAUCGUCCGGAGAUACCGAUGAUGCCGAACGUCCCAUCGUGCCUGGAUUCCGAUGGCCAGCACAAAUUCCUGGCAUCACACUUCGGGUUAUACCUCUGGCCUUGAAGUAUCUUGCGUCUCCAGGAAAGGAAAGAGAUGGCGCGAAAGCUCUUCUGGUACGGCUGGCAAUGCGGAAGGAUAUGCAAGAAGUUGGUAUACUCCGUUCGUUGGUUCAGUGGGCCAUAUUUACGCUCAGCCCGAAGAAAGAUGAAACUGCGGCAUCUCCGUAUUACUACAUUGGAAGUCUAGCCCUGCUUGCAGGCAUUCUUCGAUCGUCUGCAAACACCUCCAUAAUGGACCCGUACCUCAGGUCCAUCUUUUACGCCGUCCAGUCGAUCUCAUCAGAAGACAAUGCUGUUUUCAAAGUCAUCAAUGGCUCCGCACUUGCGCGGAAAAUGAUGAUCAAGGUAACAAGGUCCGUGAUACUUCUCGUGCUCAGAGAGCCCCAGCAGUCAAUGGCAGAUACCGAAAUGGUAGAAGCCACCGUCGGACAUCUGCUCGAAAGCCUAGCAGAUAACGAUACGCCAGUGCGUUUCGCAGCUAGUAAAGCCCUGAGCAUGAUCACACUCAAGCUGGAGUCUGAUAUGGCUCAACAGGUUGUGGAAGCUGUGCUUGAUUCCCUCAACCGAAACGUGCUAUGGAUCAAAGCGCCUUCACCUGGCUCUCCCACAAGGACCCGUGACCUCACGGCAGUUGAUCCACCCGAAUGGCACGGUUUGAUGCUUACUUUAUCGCAUCUGCUUUAUCGACGCUCGCCACCACCAGAAAGUCUUUCUGAUAUCGUCAAUGCCUUGGUCAUGGGAUUGUCCUUUGAGAAGCGAGGAACUGGUGGCGCAUCAAUCGGAACGAAUGUUAGAGAUGCUGCAUGUUUUGGGAUUUGGGCUUUGGCUAGACGCUACUCAACAGAAGAACUGCUACGAGUUCCCACGCAAUCAAUAAGACGCGUGGCACAGGAAGACCCGUCAAUGUCGAUCCUGCAGGUUGUCGCUGUGGAGCUCGUGGUUGCUGCUUCUUUGGAUCCCGCAGGCAAUAUACGUCGUGGAUCUUCAGCAGCAUUACAAGAGUUGAUAGGAAGACAUCCAGACACAGUCACCGAGGGUAUCGCUGUCGUUCAGACUGUCGACUAUCAUGCUGUUGCUCUACGAUCUAGGGCCAUCCAUGAUGUUGCGCUCCAAGCCACCCGUCUCUCUCCCCAGUAUGGACUUGGGCUAUUGGAAGCUCAACUCGGAUGGCGUGGCGUUGGUGAUAUGGAUGCAGCAGCCCGACGAGUCGCGGCCGCCUCUUUCGGGACCCUGACUGCGGAGAUUUCGCAGCGCAUGUCAAACAAACCGGAGCAUUUUCUGCAGUCUGUAGACCUUCUAUUGGCCCGAAUAGACUCGCUUCAAGUGCGUCAGGUUGAGGAGCGUCAUGGGCUAGUCCUCAGCCUUGCGGCAGUUUUCGACUAUCUUCCUGCUCUUGUGAAAGGAGACAUGUCUGGUGAUCUAACAGACAAGUUACCUGUCCGCAAGCUGAUCGACGCUAUCACGACUAUAUUGAAAAACAGCAUCACGACGACCUAUCGAAAGCCUGAAUUGAUUGCUGAAGCUGUCAGCCAGCUCGUCAUCUCCGCAUACCCACUAUUUCUAAUGGUUCUGGUGCCGGAGAAGCGAGAAGCUGCCAAUACACAUGCCGUCUUGCUUCAGGGCAAAGAGAUUACUUGCGAAAGACAUUCAUCAUCCUUCUCGACUGCAAUCGCAUCGGGCGACGUCGCAGGAAUCGACCAUCGCUCCAUUCUAAGGGACUUGACAGAUGUUCUUCUUGACGCUAUCAAUAUUUGGUUGAACAGAAACGAAGAGGAAGUGAUAGCUCCAGUCUCGCAAGUAUCAGUGGUGCUGUUGUUCUUGACAGAACCCCAGAAUCGGAGACAAGUCAUUCAUAAAUGGAUUUCAACCAUUACGGAAUCCAGAGGCUCCCGUAACAAGCACGGGUCAGCAUAUUUUGUGGCGCUAGCACAAACAUACCAUGUUGCUGCGUCACUUUCUGACGGGCCGCCUGUCGUUAACGACGUCAUACAGGCCUUCAAGGUGCGUUGGGAAUCAGAUAAGGAUACGGAGACACGAGUGGCAAUCAUCGAGAGCCUUGUAGGGAGAGACAUCCUGCGCCGCCAAGUGCUAGCGUUCAGAUCUAUCAUCUCGGAAGGUCUAGAUGACUACACGACCAAUGCCCGUGGAGAUGUAGGCUCCCAUGUCCGGCUUGCGGCGAUCAAGGCAACCCAUACCCUCUGGGAAACCAGUCUUAGCCAAGACCUUUCUACGGAGCAAUUCAGCACCGACGUGUUGAUAUUUUUCCCCAAAGUGCUCCGCCUCGCUGCCGAAAAGCUCGACCGAGUCCGCAUCGGAGCGCAAGCUGCUCUGGGCGUAUUGGUGGCAUCCAGCUAUGCUGAUACCCUGAGGAGUGUCUCCUUCUCGUCCCAACAGUAUUUUGCCCAGCUCUUCGGCAUGUGCACUGCUGCUUCUCUGUCUAGUCAAGUCAUGUCUGCUUGGUCAUUGACUGAAGGCGAAUGUACUUCUAGCCUACUGGCCGGUCUGGCGACUUCUGCAGAUACAGGUAAUGAGGACCUUGUCAUAGCUAGUCGUGCAGCACUUGCACAUAUCUGCAGGUCGUCGACCAACGACCUGUCAAAGAUCUGCAUAGCGCUGAUCCAUAACCUCAAGCUACACCAGGGCCAGGAUCGAAUUGUCGUACCUACACUGGAGUUGAUCGCAUACCUGUUUCACGUUGGCAUCUUCCAGCAGAGCAAGGAUAUCAAUCUACGUCAACUCUGCCUUCUCACUCAAAAAGCUGGGUAUAAGACGGGCAAUGUACGGAAGCUAGAGGCCUGUAUCAAGGUCUACGGUGGUAUCGCAACGACGCCUGGCAGCGAAGGAGGGGCUCCUGUUGUGACGUCCGAACUAGAACUGAAGCGGCAGGAGGGCAUAACAGAAGCGAAACGACGGUUAGGUGCACUGCUGAACCAUCCCUGGCCCAAGAUCAGGAACCUAGCUGUCGAUGAACUGUGGGGGUCGCUGUCAGGAGAGUCUGAUCACGUGUCGAGAUUGUUGAGCACAGAUUGGGGUAAGGCUGAGAAGCCGGCCAUCAAGACUCUCGUGGAGCAGCUGGGGCUCAAUUAA